GGACGGAGCGGAGCGUUCAGCUCGCCGGUGAGCCGAGCCCCCCUCCUUGCUGCCGCCAUGUCCCGCCGCAGCCAGCGCCUUGUCACCAGCCGCUAUUACCCCGGGGACGAUGAUGCCACGACCACCAGCAGCGCAUCUCUGCUGGGUGGGACCCAGCUCCCCUUCAAGGAGACCACCGGCAGGACGAUCAGGAGGAAAUCGAGUAGCACAAAGCGCCUCUCUCCAGCUCCCAGCACACAAACCUCCUACUAUAGCGAGUCCAUGAUGAGCGAGUCCUACUUGGGGGGCAGCCGGGGCCUUGCUGCCUUGGGUAGCUCUGUGCUGGAUGAUGAUCUGGACAGCAGCACAUACUGGGGUGGAGAGCUCUCCACUAGGAGGAGAAGAGGCACAGGGGACACCGAGUCCAGUAAGAUCAAUGGGGUUCUAGAGAGCAAGACAUACGACACCUACACAUCUUCAUCAGGGUACUCCUCCGAGGAUGAUUACGCUGGUCACUAUUAUUCAGGCCAGAGUAGCUCUGGGUCAGGUCUGAGAACUGCAGCCUCCAGGGUGGGCUCCUUCCUCUGGCAAGUGUUCACCUCUCCAGUUCGGUUCAUGGGGUGGCUGUUCUCGGGGCUGGCAGGGGCCUGGCACCGCCUCACUGGCAAGGCUUCCCACCUGGACAGUGUCCCCUUCUCCAGGCGGUACCCACGUCUGAAGAGGUCCCUGCUGCUGCUGCUGCUCCUGCUGCUCCUCACUGCUGCUGCCUACGGAGCUUGGUACUUCUACCCAUAUGGACUGUCACCGCUCAGCCUGCCUUCCUUCCCGUGGUGGGGAGCUGGAAAGCUUUCCUCCUCUGAUGUUCCUGGGGCAGGGGACCUGACCACGCUGGACCAGGGGGGACACAGACUCCUGGCUCGCUUCCAGUCCCUGGAGAAACGCUUUGAGGCACUGGAGGCUGAGCUGUCACGGUGGGAGCUGCGUCAUGGGGCGGCAGCAGUGGCAGCAGGGGGAGAACCACCCCCAGGGGACAUCCUUGCUCUGCUGGAGGGACUGGUGAGCCGCCGGGACGCGGGGCUGAAGGAGCGUCUCCGCACUGACAUGGCCAACCACCUCCAGGGUGAGCUGGAUGCGCUCCGAACCCAGGUGCAGAGGGAUUUAGAUGGGCGCGUGGGCAAGAUGGCACAAGCUUCCCGGGAAAUGGAAGCACGCUUGCUGGAGCUGAACUCGGAAUGGCAGAGCUCAGUGCAGGAAAAGCUGCGAGGCGCCUUCCGGCAGGAGCUGGAUAAGCUGGAGCAGGAGGUGGCCGUGCUGAGGAGGGAGCUGGCAAGCCUCAAGUCAGACCAGGAGGUGAUGGGGAAGCAUGUGGAGGGGAUACUGGAGCAGCUGAAGACUGUGAGGGCUGAUGUGGAAGCGCAAUUCCCGGUGUGGAUCAGUAGGUUCCUGUCCCAGUCCCAGCAGGAUUCUGCAGCUGCUUUCAUCCUCCAGCGGGAAGAUUUGCAAGCAGAACUCCAGGCUCUGGAGCACAAGAUCCUUGCUAAGGUCCUGGAGGACAGGAGGUUGUCAGCACGGGAUGCCCAGGCUGGUAUUGGAGUGGCCCUGCGGCAAGGAGGGACUGCAGGAGUGACAGAGGAGCAAGUGCAUCUCAUCGUGGGCCAGGCCCUGAAGCGCUACAGCGAGGACCGUGUGGGGAUGGUUGAUUAUGCCCUCGAGUCAGCAGGGGCCAGCGUCAUCAACACUCGCUGCUCAGAGACCUACGAGACACGGACAGCGCUGCUGAGCCUGUUUGGCAUCCCCCUGUGGUAUCACUCACAGUCCCCCCGUGUCAUCCUGCAGCCAGAUGUCAACCCUGGGAACUGCUGGGCAUUUCGUGGCUCCCAGGGCUUUGCUGUCAUCCGCCUCUCUGGCAUUAUCCGCCCCACGGCCGUGACGCUGGAGCACAUCCCAAAAGCCCUCUCGCCGCAGGGGACCAUCCCCAGUGCCCCCAAGGACUUUGCUGUCUAUGGCUUAAAAGAAGAAGGAGAGGAGGAGGGCCUUCUCCUUGGACAGUUCACCUAUGACCACAAUGGUGACCCCAUCCAAACAUUUUACUUGGAGGGUGACUCCGUGGGCACAUACCAGCUGGUGGAGCUUCGGGUGCUGAGCAAUUGGGGCCACCCCGAGUACACUUGCAUCUACCGCUUCCGAGUGCAUGGGGAGCCGGCGCACUGACCCCCGGCCCCGCGUGGGAUGAG